AUGGCUGGUCCCGGUGAAAAAAAACAAAUAAUUGAUUUACAUGAACUAUGUAGUGAAGGUGAUUUUUCAGAACUAAAAUCAGCAUUAAAUUCAUCAAAAGAUAUUGAUGUUAAUCAAUAUAAAUUGUUUGUCUAUCGGCCAUCAGCAAAUAAUUUAAAAGAAGCAGAUGAUUUAGUUGAUAGUGAAGAUGAUUAUCAAUCGGAUGAAGAUCCAUCUGAUUCUGGUACAAUGUUUGAUUAUCGAUCUCCACUUUUUUAUGCUAUUCUUCAUGAUAGAUUAGCUUGUGUUAAAUUACUUAUUGAACAUGGAGCAAAUACAGAUAAAUUGAGACCUUGGGGUUUAAAUGCUCUUUGUUUAUCAUGUUAUUGUGGACAUAUACGUAUUGUUGAAUAUUUUCUUAAUAUUAAUUUAAAUGUAAAUAUAACAGAUAAACCAAAUGCAACAGAUAAUUAUUUUAGUUCAUUAUCAAAUGAAGAUGAACAUAAAAUAAAAAUGCGUGAAAUGCAUUCACGUGUUGCACAAGAUAUGGGAAUGUUUCAUUAUCCACUUCAUAUUGCUAUUAAACAAGAUUCUAUUGAAUUAGUUAAACUUUUAAUUAAGUAUAAACAAUUAUUUGAUAUGGAAAUAAAAGAAGCUUAUACAAAAAGAACACCAUUACAUAUUGCUGCUGGAAAAUGUUCAACUGAGAUAAUUAGGCUUUUAUUAGAAGAAGGUCAAGUUGAAGAAAAUCCAUUAGAUUUAAAUGGUCAUACACCAUUAGAUAUUGUUUGGAAAUUACUUAAUAAUUUAGAUUAUCAAUUUGAAUAUAGAGAAGAAACAUUAAAAUUAAUGUUAAGUCAUAAAUGUAGAUUUUCAUCACUUAAAUCAUUAACUGAAUUUUAUACAAAUUCAUUAUCAUCAUUUCGUCGAUUUGAAUCAAAUUUUUGGAUUGUUAUUGCUUAUGAUUUACCAUCAUUAUUUAUUGAUUCAUUUGAAAAUAAUAAAAUAUUACUUGUUCAUAUAUGGAUUUGGUUUAAUAGAAAUUAUCAAGAUACACUUAUGGAAGAUGAUGAAUUUGAUAGACAUUAUACAGGUAGUAUUCUUAGAAAUUUAAUACAUGUUAUGUAUGAAAAUGAACAAUUAACAUUAACAAAUCAUGAACUUGUUGAAUUAUUUACAGAAGAUUUAGGAAGUCAUUUUGAUAAAGCAACAGAUGAAAUUGAUACAAUAACAACAAUACUUUCAACACCAUUAAAAUUAAAACAAAUUUGUCGAAAUCGAAUACGUAAACGUCUUUGUUCUUCGAAAAUAGGUGGUCUUAAUAGACAAACACUUGAACAUUCAUCACUUUCACCACCAUUAAAUGAAUCACUUAGACAUUUUAUUCUUCCAUGA